ACGGAUUUUGAGCGGGAUAUGAGAAAUGAGUUACUGGGACUUCCAGUGAGAAGAACAUUAGUACAAAAUGCAUUUCCUUCUCUAAAGAUUAAGCCAGAGAGAACAUUUGCCAUGGCUAAUGAACGCUCACAAAGGAUGCAACUAAAGGAACAAAAAGAAGUCCAGAAAAGGUGUCUUGAAAAUGCAAUGCAGUUUGCUGAAUCUACUAGCAGUGCUGCUUCCUCAGGUGAAAGAAUUGAGCCCCUUCCAACUGAAUUAAACCCAGAACCUGAUUACAGGCAGUUGUAUCAUGAGCUCCAGCAACGCUGCAUAAAAGUAGAGAAACAGAAUUAG